AUGACCAUCAGUCCCGGGGCAUCGUUUCUUGUGUCCUUCUUCCUGGGAAUGUGCUGGCUGUGCAGAACCCAAGCGACGUUUCUGGGCUCCACGGACACACUUGAUUUCACUGACUUUGAUGCGGACUCUGUUUCUGAAGGAAAGCGUCCACCCCGCGUCCGCAGAGGGGUUGAGCACGAGGUGAAACACCUGGAGCUCCUGGUUGUGGUGGGCCCGGACGUCCACCAGCUGCACAAGGAAGACACCGAGAGGUAUAUUCUCACCAACCUGAACAUUGGAGCAGAGCUGCUUCGAGACGCCUCACUGGGAGCCCAGUUCAGGGUCCACCUGAUCAAACUGGUCGUCCUCACAGAACCCGAGGAAGGCAUUGAAAUUUCCAGCAACAUCACUUCCUCAGUGGUCAGUGUUUGUGACUGGAGCACAAAGGUCAACCCGGAGAAUGAUUCAGACCCUCACCAUGCCGAUCUUGUUCUAUAUAUUACCAGGUUUGACCUGGAGCUUCCUGAUGGCAACAAGCAGGUGCGUGGGGCCACACGGCUGGGGGGGGCCUGUUCCACCUCCUGGAGCUGCGCCAUCACUGAGGACACAGGAUUCGGCUUGGGAGUCACCAUCGCCCACGAGAUUGGGCACAGUUUUGGGAUCCAGCAUGAUGGAGAAGGCAACCGAUGCCCUAGGAACGGGCACAUCAUGGGCUCUGAAGGUGGUCACAACAGCGUGGACCUAACGUGGUCCGUCUGCAGCAGAGAGCAGCUCUCAGCCUUUGUCAGUGCAGGACAAGCAAGCUGCACAGAUGACCUGCCAGACCUCGAGGACGGUAUCCCGGGAGGGAAGCCAGGCCUGUAUUACGGGGCAGACGAACAGUGCAAAAUCGCCUUUGGGGGCGGCGCCACGGCCUGCACUUUCACUGGACACGACAUGGACAUGUGCAAAGUUCUCUCUUGCCACACGGACCCAGACGACCAGUCCAGCUGCACCCGGCUCCUUGUCCCGCUCCUGGACGGUACCGAAUGCGGGAUCGACAAGUGGUGUUCUGGCGGCCGGUGCAGCUCGUUGGAGGACCUGCAUCCCAUCGCGGCGGUGCACGGGCACUGGUCGAGCUGGACCGGCUUCACCGCCUGCUCCCGGAGCUGCGGAGGGGGAGUCACGGCCCGGCAGAGGCAGUGCAACAACCCACGGCCUGCCUUCGGUGGGCGCCACUGUGAGGGGGAAGACUCACAAGCCUAUAUGUGCAACGUACAGCUCUGCAAGACGACACAGCUGGGUUUCAUGGACGAACAGUGCGCGGCAACAGAUCGGAAGCCACUUUCUCUCCGCCCGGAGGUGCCAUCCUCCUACACAUGGAUUUCGGCUGCUGAUUAUGCGAAAGGAGAUGCCAUUUGCAAGCACGUGUGUAGGGCAUCUGGGAAGAACUUCAUAGUGAGCCGUGGGGACCAAUUCCUUGAUGGCACAAGGUGUGAGCACAGCAGCCCAGGGGGCGACGGAGCGCUUGGCCUGUGUGUGAUGGGCAGCUGCAGGGUGUUUGGGUGCGAUGGCACGAUGGAUUCUGCGGAGCGGAUGGACACAUGCCGUGUGUGCGGUGGGGACAACAGCACCUGCUUCCGUGUGAGGGGCUCUUACAGCGAAGGAAAAGCCAGAGAGUACGUCACCUUCCUGUCGCUGUCCCCUAACACCACCACAGUCCGCGUGGUCAAUCGCAAGCCGCUGUUCACCCACUUGGCUGUGAAGGUUCAGGGGCAGUAUGUGGUCUCUGGAACAGGCAGCAUCUCCUUAAACUGCACCUACCCGUCCAUCUUGGAGGACCACCGCAUCGAAUACAGGGUCUUCCUCACAGAGGAGAACCUGCCUAGAUUGGAAGAGAUCCGCCUGGACGGACCAGUCCAGGAGAAAAUAGACAUACAGGUUUACAGGAAGUACGGGAAGGAGUAUGGAAGUUCCACCAGCCCAGACAUCGCCUUCGCUUAUUUCAUCCCCAGGGAGAAUCAGGCCAGUGUGUGGGUUCCGCAGCUCGGCCCCUGCUCAGUGACCUGUGGAGAAGGCACUCGGCCGGUCAGUCAUUCCUGCUUUGAUCAAACGAGAGGUCAAAGGAUGGACGACAUCCAUUGCCUGAAGACCCCAAAGCCCCCUUCCAGGCAGCGGCCUUGCACGAUGGCCCCCUGCCAGCCUCAGUGGCUGGCUGAGGAGCUUGGCCCCUGCAGCGUCACCUGUGGCGGGGGCACGGUGGAGCGGCUGGUUCGCUGUGCAGUGCGAGGAGGGGGACAGGUGGAGGCUCUGCCGGAUUCCGAGUGCGCGGACCUUCCCAAGCCGCCCUCCGCUGAACCCUGCGGUGCCGAGAUGUGUCCCGCCAGGUGGCUGGAGGCCGAGCCAGGCCGCUGCUCCGCCAUUUGUGGCCUGGGAUUUGCCGAGCUGAAUUCAACCUGCGUCCAGCUCCGUGACGGCCUGGAAACCGUAGUGGAGGACAGCCUGUGCCCGGCGGAUGAGAAGCCUCCGUCUUUCGUGUCCUGCAUGGUGAACAUUUGUCCACUGGGAUGGAACACGGAGACCCCCGUGUGCCCACCCCUCACGCCCCGGCUGUCCCUUGGCAGUGCGCUUGCCAACAGCUCCUGUGCUAUGAAGAAGAGAUUUGACUAA